CGUAGAGUGCACACUUCACAGAUUGCCAAAUUUGAGGUUACGAAGCACGUCGGCAACGUGCGUACAAGAUUUUGUUUACGAAACUUUAUUCUCGAAAAAUUUUUCUAAGAUGGGACGUUCGAAAAAGGGCCGCUGCGUAAAGCGGAACAAACAAAUAAACAGCGAAGAGCCUGUGGAUUUGGUGCGCGCUCCUCAUUCUUUUGUUAUACAACGUGGACUUCCAGGAGGACAUAUCUUGGAGUUAACUAAGGAUUUUCGAAGAGUUAUGGAACCAUACACAGCAUCAUCAUUAAAAGCUCGGAAACGAAACACGAUUAAAGAUUUCGUUUCGGUUUCUGGUGCUCUUCACGUUUCUCAUAUGUGCAUUUUUACACGAACAGAACUUGGAAUGUACCUGAAACUUUGUAGAAUACCAAGAGGGCCCACAUUAUCUUUUAAAAUAACCAGUUUCUCACUAGCGAGAGAUGUAGUUUCAACGAUAAAGAAGCAAAUGGUCUUUGAAGAAGCUUUCAAACACUCUCCAUUGAUGGUAUUGAAUAAUUUCAGCGGAGAAGGCAUGCAAAUGAAACUCAUGACAUCGAUGUUUCAAAACAUGUUUCCAACAAUUAAUCUUACCACUGUAAACCUCAGCACAAUUCGUCGUUGUGUUUGUCUUAACUACAACAGUGUGACAAAGCUAAUAGACUUCAGGCAUUACGCUAUAAAAAUGGUACCAGUUGGACUAUCAAAAGGAGUUAAGAAAAUAGUACAAGCUAAAGUGCCCAAUCUCUCUAAAUGUCAAGACUUUUCAGAAUUCCUUACAAAACCCACAUUCUCUGAAAGCGAAGCAGAAGAGGAUCCCACGAGUCAUGUUACCCUGCCCCAGAAAUUAUCGUCCAGAGGUAAUCACAAAAGUGGCACGAGCGCAAUUAGACUCAUCGAACUAGGGCCUCGAAUAACAAUGCAGCUGAUAAAAGUUGAAGAUGGAUUAUUGGAUGGACAAGUUAUGUACCAUGAAUUUGUGCAUAAAACCGAGGAAGAAAUACUCAAAAUACAAAAGAGCCGUGAGGUUAAAAAGAAGCUUAAAGAAAAUCGGAAAAAGGUACAGGAAGAAAAUAAAAAGAAAAAGGAAGCAAUGAAGGAAGAGGAGAAACAGAAAAGUCUUAAGGGUAUGAAAAAACAAAGAUCGGAAAGUGACGUCCUUAUGCACAAAGCUGCAAAAGAGUCCUACGAAGACAAUCAGGUCGAGGAAGACGACGAUGCACAGUAUUAUAGAGAGGAAGUUGGCCAAGAACCUGAUAAAGAUUUGUUUGCGGGGCGACCAAAAACUGGUGACAAGCGACCAAAUUCAUAUCCAGUUAAAUACAAGACAAAGAAAUUGAGGCUCGACAAAAACGUUAAAAACGGUGACAAAAAGAAUAAAAAGUUUGGUAAUAAAAACAGAUAUGAUGAUGAAAAGUAUAGUUACAGACAAAAAAAGAAAUUUGGCGUUAAAGACGGUGGUACAAAAUCACAGGGUAAUAAAAAGUUUUUCAAAGGAAAAGGAUCUGCGCAUGGCAGUAAAAUUAAAAGGAGACGGAACUAGAGAAAUAUCGACGUAAUGACAAUUAAAGGUAAUGAGGCGGUACGUAAAGUAUAAAAUUCUAUGGAGACUUUUUAUUAUAAAACAGAGAUGUUUUCACAACUUACGAAAUAAAUUUUCAUUUUGAUCGACUUCAAAUAGAGGCAAAUUCGGGACUAUUUGAAGCUAAAAAAUAAUAAUACCGAAUGAAUUUUGAAAAAAUUUUGAAUUGUCAUAAACUUCCAUCUAACUUUAUAACGUGUAAAAAAAAAAUUAGUAAUCCUCGGUGCUAUUACAUUUUUUUUUAACAAAAUAUGACUCCAGUAUGUGUAAUUAAAAUGUAAUUUUUUUGUACUAUUAUAUUUUUCACCAAAUACAUGAAGUCAAUGUACAAUAAGUAUAAAAGCUUACAGACAAAAGUGAAUCUAGUAAAGUUUUUGUACAAUACAUUCUUGGAUUGUUUAAUACUUGGAUGAGAUUGACACAUAAUGAUCGCUUCACAUUCCUUUUUGGACUAAUCUUGUAUUUCAAAUACCGCAAUGCCAAAUCACGUAGUCUUUGCCGAUAGUAUACUUUGUACAGCAAUGAAGUCACGAAAUACAAACAAAUACAAAGCAGUACUUAAAGGAAAUAAUUUUUUUAGAGACCUUAUUAUACAAUUGAAGAUACUACUAAGGUCUCUUUGGUUGAAACAAAGAUAUAAAUAUUAUUUCAUUUUUAAAGCUAUUGUACUUAAAUCUAAAAAUGCAUCAUAUAAUUUUAUGUAUAGGACAUUACAAAAAUAAUGAGUUUUUAAUUUACUUUAGUCAACACUUUUCAUUCACGUUUGUAAUAAUAAAAAUUGAUACUUCUUCAUCACAA